AUGCGCCGAGCCGCGCGCCCCGUCCUCGCUCCAGGCCGCCGCGGCAUCAGAGCCCUCUCCGUGUCCGCGCACACGCUGGAGCAUCCGACCCCUGCUUCGCUUGAAUCCCACCUCUCGACGCUCCCAUGCAACGCAACCCUCCUCUUCACACUCAGCACCUCCAUCCAGUCGCCGGACGUCGGACCCCUCCUCGCCGCACUACACUCGUUCCCCUAUUCCUACUCCCUCCCAUCCUCCGCGACGGUGGGAUCGGACUCGCGCCGCAACCACGUGGUAGGGAGCUUCCACCAGAGUGCGACGCACACCCCCGAGGUCGCUAUCGCCGCCUUCGCCCCAGAUGUAGAGGAGGGUGAACGCGUACGCACGUUCUACUCCGAGGCCACUGGGCGUGCACCCGCAAGCGUAGGGAAGUGGUAUCGCACCGACGAGCCGGAUUGGCCCGAGGACGAGAGGGGCGGCAAGGUCGGCGAGCUCGACGAAGUGCUAGGAAGUAAGGGAUGGGAGGGGGUUUGGGCGGCUCGUGGUGACGACACAAAGAUUCAUCUCGGAGAUGGGGUUGAGAGUAUCGUCACACUCACGGAUGGCACGCCGUCGCCUGUUCUUCGAGCGCUGGGAGCUCACGGCGCCAUGACUACCGGCCUCGUUGCUGCUGCGACCCCGUUCCUCACAGGCAGACCGUACACGCUCUUCUAUGGCGGGCAGGUGUACGGCGGUGGCAGUGUAGGCGUUGGGAUUACGCGCCCCUGCAACACCGUUAUCGAGUAUGGCGUCGAGCCGCUGGAUGCGCCGGCCAAGGUUGCUGGCGCACGCGGUAACCUUCUUCUCUCGUUUGACGGACGCAACUCAAACCCGACGCAGUGCCUCAUUGCCGCGCUGCAGGCGCGCGACGGCAAGGGCCGGAGCGGGAUCACGAAGGACGAAGAGUUCUACCUCGCGAUCAUGGAGCCAGGGUCUCCCACACCUCGCGUCGUUCGUAUCCUGUCGGGCGAUCCGUCCCGCGGCUCUAUCUCUCUAGAAACUGAGCAUCCACUGUUCCCGGGCCAGUUUGUGCAGUUCAUGCACCGCCCCACCGCCCCACCGCCACCUCAGGCUUUGGCGGACACGCUCCACUUCGCUGUACUGCCACGCACGGACGAGCUGGCGCCGGCGCCCCGCACCGGCUCACCGGUUAGGCGCGAAGGCUUCGUGGCGGCCAGCGAGGGAGGCUUUGUGCACGGUCGCGAGCCGUCAGUGUGUACUGUUGCUGGUGCGGUGUUGGGCGUGAGUUGGUAG